UGUGUGUGUGUGUGUGUGUGAGAGAGAGUGAAUGGAGGAGACCGCGCUGUGUGUGAAAGCCGACAACGCCGUGGCUCUGAGGAAACCACAGGAGGAACCGAGCAAGCCGAUGAAAAAGAUCCUGGAUGAGGAGGAGUAUAUCGAGAGUCUGGAGCAGAUCAUUCAGAGGGACUUCUUCCCGGAUGUCAGUAAGCUACGAGCACAGAAAGAUUACCUGGAGGCUGAGGAGAACGGAGACCUGCAGAGAAUGAGAGAGAUCGCCAUCAAAUACGGCUCAGCCAUGGCCAAAUACACUCCGCGCACCUACGUCCCUUAUGUGACACCAUCGUCAUUCGAGACUCCUGAUGCUCGCGCCACUUCUCCAACCCCUUCACAGAGUAAAUCCAGGACCGGCACCGAACUUGGAGGGAAAGUCGGCGGGACGGAGGAGAAGGAGCUGCCAUCUCUGGACUGCUUCCUGUCGAAGAACACGAGUGAAGAUAACGCAUCAUUCGAGCAGAUUAUGGAUUUGGCUCAGGAGAAGGAGAAGCUGAGGAACUCCUGGCUGUACGAGGCUGAGAGCGAAUUCAAACAGCGACGAGAGGAAAAUCUUGCUCUGCCAUCAUCAGAAGUUCAGGCUCUGGAGUGUGUGAAAGCCGGAGUGGAGACGUGGGAGUACACAGCCAGAAACGCCCUCAUGUAUUACCCUGAAGGUGUGAAAGACGACACGGUGUUCAAAAAGCCCAGAGAAGUCAUGUACAAAAACACACGCUUUGAUGUCGACCCGUUCUGUAAAGCCCUCAAUAAAUCCCAGAUCCAACAGGCUGCUGCUCUCAAUGCACAGUUUAAAUUAGGAAAGGUCGGUCCCGAUGGGAAGGAGCUGCUGCCGCACGAGUCUCCUAAAGUCAACGGAUACAGCUUCGAGGGAGCGCCCUCGCCCGCACCAGGAGUGUGCGAGUCUCCGUUGAUGACAUGGGGAGAGAUUGAGGACACGCCCUUCAGACUGGACGGCUCAGACACUCCGCUGAUAGAGAGAAGCCACGGACCGGCAUUUAAGAUUCCCGAGCCUGGACGCAGAGAGCGGCUUGGGCUGAAAAUGGCCAACGAAGUGGCAGCCAAAAACAGAGCAAAGAAACAGGAAGCUCUUCGUAAGGUCACAGAAAAUCUGGCCAGUUUGACUCCAAAAGGUGUGAGUCCUGCCGCUCUGUCUCCAGCUCUACAGCGCCUCGUCAACCGCUCAUCCAGGAAGUACACAGAUAAAGCCCUACGUGCCAGCUAUACCCCAUCACCCUCUCACAGAGCAUCAGGCUCCAAAACUCCUCUUACACCCUCACACUCCUUACGCACCCCCACGCCAGGCAAAACCCGCACCCCCAUCUCACACGAUCCCGCCUCCCUCACAGACAAUCUGCUACAGCUGCCGAAGAGAAGGAAAGCGUCCGAUUUCUUUUGAGGACACACUGACAUCACGCUGUCUCAUGGUCAUUAUUCGCAAACUGAGAAGCUUUCAAACUGGCUGGACUACUCUCAGUUAAAGGCGUAAUGAUGAUUAAAGUUAUUUUUGUACAGUUCAUCAAAAUAGUUGAUCUUUUAUUUUUUGUUUGUUAAACUAUGGGAGUAAAUGUGAAGAGGUUUUCGGAAAGAAGGAAUAAGUUGGUCAUGUUCAUGUAGAGUCUGCACUCUUCUGGACAAUAAAAUGAAAUCUCUUUGGGUCUUUUUAGACAAAGUAGAUUAUUUAUGGACCGUA